ACUUUAACAUCUUCUUACUCAGCUUACUUUGCAAUUAGGAUUUUCCUUUUACCACCACAUUUAUAUAAUACUUCAAUACCUCCACCCCAUCCAUCUCAAACCUACAAUCAUGGCAGACCGCUCAGUGAUGUCCCGGAACGCUGGUCCGCGGCUCCCCACCGAUCCAGUAGCCGUCGCCGAUAUAUCCCACGUAGAAACCCAUGGAUAUGUGAUACUACCCUCCAUUCUACCCCUGGAAGAAGUCCAAGCUGCCAAAGCCGAGAUUAGGCGCCUCUCUGGCUCUACGCCUCUUGCUGGCCGCAAUCCAUUCGAGGGCCUAGACACGACGCGUAUUUACAGCUUGCUCAACAAGACGCGGGUCUUUGACAAGCUCGUAGUCCUGCCUCGCGUUCUCGCGCUCAAUGAUUACUUUCUGGACCCGGGCUACCAACUUACAGCGUUCCAUACGAUUCAGAUUAACCCCGGCGAGCAGCCACAGGAUCUGCAUCACGAUGACGGGUUUUGCCACUUUCCACGGCCAAGAGGACCAUUAGGGACUGCCAUUAUGGUGGCGUUUGAUGAGUUUACAGCCGAGAACGGCGCCACACGCGUGAUUCCUGGCUCACAUCUCUGGGGCAGUGAGAAACCGAGGAAAGAGCAGGCGAUUCCUAUGGUUUGCCCAGCUGGGAGUGUGAUAUACUUCAUAGGCACCACAUGGCAUGGUGGAGGACCGAAUACGUCCACAUCAUCGAGAAUGAGUGCUACAGUGCAAUAUUGCCAGCCAUAUAUUCGCUCGCUUGAGAACCAGUUCUUGGCUGUUGACCCACGGAGGCUGCCAGAAAUUGACACACGGAUCGUCGAGAUGAUGGGAUAUAAAAUUCACCAGCCGUUCGUCGGAUACGCCGACGGACUCAGCCCAGUUAGAGGCGCGCGGCGGAUGGUAGAAUGGCUGCAGAAACCUUUGGAUAAGAAUCCCCCUGCAUUCCCUGAUCAUGGGACCGGGAAGAGCAAAUUAUAAUGCUUGCGUGGGGUUGAUAUGAGCGCUG